AUGAAUAGAGAAAUUAAAAGAACAGUAUAGCAUACACACACACACACACACCGUUGAGAAGUGUACCUGACAGGUCUCGUUAGCGGGACGCCGCCGCUCUGUUUUCAUCUCAAGUGAAGGGAACCACAAUACACUUUUUUCGUAUGGUAGUGUAGUGAUAGAGAAGCAUGAUGUCUAGGUCACUGAGGGCAGAGACGCGCUCCCGUGGGAAGGAGGACACCAAGAGGUCAAUGCAGGCACUUGAUAAAGUGCGACGUUGGGAGAAGAGAUGGAUUACAAUACAUGACACAACAAUGAAGAUAUAUAAAUGGGUUCCUGUUAUUCAAGAUGAAAGGAAGAAGAAGGGCGGUGGGAGUGCUAAUAAAGAAAAUCGGCUGUCCAGCCGAGACAGUAGUAUGUCUGCUUUCCAGAUGGGUGGAGAUGACUCCAAUACUGUAGCAACAAAACAUGACAGCCACUUCCUCGAACAUAGAGUUAAGUGUGUAGUUCCUACUUGUUUGCCAUGUCUAUGAUGAGUGACUCACAAGAUGCAACAGACUUUUCCUCCACACAGUUCAACAUCUCAGAGGACUCCAACUCUGAACCACCUUUUAAGAAAAAGCUUGUAGAAUGAUAAAUUAAGCCAGAUAAAUGUAUAGACUACCUUUAAUUUAAUUUAAUUAAUAUUUUUUUUUACUUAAAAGAAUUGUGUGUUUGUACUGAGAGCUCCCAGAGCUUGGUACUUUCUUAAGAAUACAUAAAUUAUUCUGUCUAAGUUAUUGUUCACUAAAGUAAGCCACUAUUUUAAAAUGAGUGUGCCUGGAUGAUGUGUGCUGACUGAUCAGAGUUUUACAACUUAAGGCUCGAGGCAACCUUAGGCCAUGAAAAUCAUGUAGCAUAAAUAAUUUGUAUAAGCAUUCACUUGCAGAUCCCUAAAAAAAAUAGAUUUUGUCUUAAACAAUGAUAAAUGUACAAAAUGUUCUUGGCAUUAAUGAACUUACGGACAGUU